UUAAACAAAUUUUUUCUUGUGACAAAGUUAGACAAUAGUGGUAUUAAGUGUAAUAAAUUAAUGUGAUUAAAGUGGAAAGUGUUAAAAUAAUUGUUAACAAUUUAGCCAGCUCAGUCGCGCAACAAUGAAUCAAAUAACCGAAUCGGAAUGUUCCAAAAUCAUAAGUGCGAAACUCAAAAGUCGCGAUUUUAAAAUUUUGCGCUACCAACAGAUCGCAUUUGACGAAAUUGUGGGUUAUUUGGGCGAACAUUGUACUCUUGAAAUAACAAUUCUUCGCAACAACCACGAAGAAACUUACUCUUUCUUCAUGAAGAGUGCUCCUCAAGUCCCGUCCCAACGCAAUUUCUUCGAGGAAAUUGGCGGUUUCUCCAAAGAGAAGAAUUUCUUCACCAAGUAUCACCCGAUGUUGAAACGUUACAACAUUGACAUUAUCGAUGAUGUGGUCCCUGAGUGUUACCUCGUGUUUGAUGAAACGUUCAUUUUCGACAACCUCACAUGUAAGGGUUAUGAGACUCUCCCUUCUCGCAGCCCUUUACCGAUCGAUUGCAUCAAAGCUGCUCUUGCAUCAUUUGCUAGAUUGCACGCCAGUGGUCUAAUUUUAGAAGAGAUGAAAUCGUGUCGUCUCACCGACGAGUUUUCACUCAAAGAGGGCUUUUUCUCGGGUGAGGGUUCGGCGGAGCGAGGCUUACAAGCGGGGAAAGAAGGAAUGCGAGCUUUUUGCGAUUGGACAAAAACCGACGAAGCUUUAAAAACCCAAAUCGUGGCUGGAAUCGAGGAGCAGAAAACUUUCGUCGUCCCGUCGACGAGGUUCAGGAACACCAUCUGUCAUGCUGAUCCUUGGACUAAGAAUUUUUUGUUCAAGUUUGAGGGCGGAAAGGCGAUAAAUUGCGUCACGGUCGAUUGGCAGACUUACCGAUACGGACCCCCGGCACAGGAUGUCCUCGCUUUUAUUUAUUUAGUCGCCGAUGGAACAGUCCGAGAGACGCAUUUCGAUCACCUGUUGAGCUUUUAUUACAGCGAGCUGAGAAAGACGAUGGAGAAGUUUGGGUUUGGGGAUGUUGUAACACAAGAGGAGUUUUUCCAAAGUUGUCAAUAUUAUAAACAAUUUGCGCUCGUGCAGUCUCUGGGGCAUUUUCAAGUCGUUUUGCUGGCGGAUGAGGACGGAAAGGAGUUGUUUGGGGACCCAGAAAGAGCCAAAAAUGUGGUUUUUGGCGAGGAUAGGUACGAGUUUAUCCAAAAAAUUCUUACCAAAGAUCCGGUCUUUAGGAAAAGAGUCUGCGAUUCAGUCGAAGAGUUGAAAAGGUUGUAUGAGGAGAAGUGUAAUUAAUUUGUUAAAUAAAUAAUUCUUUCCUGAA